AUGUCUUUGAUGGAAGAUGAAACGCUCCGGAUGUUCUUUGAUCCCAACUUGAACCCAGUGGAAUUCGUUGAUGCCCUCUUUCUGUCUGUGACUAAAGCCGGAGACAAAUACACGCCAUCUAGUGUCAAGAAGGCAAAUAGUAUGACUCAAGAACUCAUGACACGGUUGGACUACGGAACCUCUGAAAUCGUGACAGAACUAGCUACAAAACUCGAGCAACUCCGAAAACUGACAGGAUCAGUAAAAUCUUCCGACAUCAGUCAUUCAGAAAUUACUACAAGUGCGACUGUUGAAAGCAAAAGGCUCGAAUACUAUGCUGACGUACUUCGACACUCUGUUGAAACUUUAUCAGAGAAAGUUGAACAGACACAUGCACAAAUGGCACCCAAGCUGGAUUCUGUGCCGCUUGAAACUUUAUCUCAAUUGAAGGUUGUGGACGAUAACUUGUCCUCAACCAGUAAACUAUUGUUGAACAUUCGUAGAACAAUAGGAAACGUCGAUAAAGGAGCAAUAACCUUGGAAAAAUUUCAAGAGCAAUUGAUGGCUUUACAAGAAACUAUCAAAAGUCGAUUGAGAGACGGCUCUGCAGAAGAAAGGGAGGAGAUGAUGAACACAAUCGCUGAGAUGAAGUCCUGGACUCCAUUAUUCCUGCCGUUCUCUCACUUCGGGCCCGUUUACACAAAAUUCAUCAAUAGAAUCGAAAGUGACAUUUGA